AUGAUGUGUUUUGCAAGAGAAAUUAUUGUACCAACAUCUUCUAAUACACCAAGAAAUCCCUCGGAACAACAUAGACGGCUAAAAAACAUAUUUCCUGGAGCAUUAGGUGCACUAGAUGGAACACUUGUAAAUGCAGUUAUGCCUGUUGAUGAACAAACUCGCUAUAGGGGAAGAGGAAAAUGUGAAUGUUAUCAAAAUGUAAUAGAAAUUUGUGAUUUUGAUAUGAUAUUCACCUUUGUAUGGGCUGGAUGGGAGGGCGUAGCACACGAUUCUAAAGUUUUGAAAGAAGUUGCAAUUAAUCCGACUUCUGGAUUUCCAUUCCCUCCACCAGAUAAAUAUUACCUUUGUGAUGUCGCAUACACCAACACCCGUGGAUUUAUGGCUCCUUACCGCAAUACUAGGUAUUGGUUAGCCGAUUUUCGAAGAAACAGAGCUUUAACAAAGGAAGAAAGGUUCAAUCAUGCUCAUGCACAACUUAGAAAUAUCAUUGAACGUGCUUAUGGUGUAUUGAAGAUGAGAUCUCCAAUUUUAAAACGUAUGGCUCCUUAUCUUUUUCCAGUGCAAAGAGACAUAGUUAUUGCCUGUGUUGCGGUCCAUAAUUUUAUAAAGAAAUACGAUAUUCAAGAUGACCUAUUUAUGAACUUUGAACAAAACACUAUGGUUACUCCUAAUUUGGGAGGUGGAGGAAGUGAGGGCCAAAACAUACAAGGCAUAGAAUGGGGUUCAGAAGCCGUUAAGUAUAUGACUACUUUGCGUGACCAGAUUGCUAAUCAGUUACUUUCAAAUGGUUCAUGUUAA